CUGACAAUACUACCCUCCAUUCGCCCACCCACCGUUUUCCCCUCGCAAUCUUCCGCACCCAGACACCCCACCAUCUCGCCGCCGUCCUCCUCCCCUUCCCCUCCCUCUCGAUCUCCACCCACGUCGCAUCCUCCUCCUCGCCUCUUCCCGAGGUUUCGCCAAGGUUCCGGCGGCGGCGAUGGCGGCGAGGCUCGCGCAGUUGCGGACCAAGGCGGCACAGGCGGCGGAGUUCGCGUCGAAGCACGGCGGCGCCUACUACAAGGAGGCCAUGGAGAAGAACAAGCAGUACGUCGUGCAGCCCCCCACCGUGGAGAAGUGCCAGGAGCUCUCCAAGCAGCUCUUCUACACGCGCCUCGCGAGUUUACCAGGCCGCUAUGAAGCAUUCUGGAAGGAGCUUGAUGGUGUCAAGCAGAUAUGGAAGAACAGGAAGGAGAUCAAAGUGGAGGAUCUUGGAAUUGCGACAUUGUUCGGAGUUGAGCUUUAUGCAUGGUUCUGCGUAGGUGAGAUUGCUGGCAGAGGAUUCACCUUAACCGGCUAUAAGGUCUGAAUUAGUUCUCAUGGCUGAGACCUGUUAUAAUAUACCUUUAGCUUGUCGAAAUGACAAAGAUGCCUGUCUUCUUUCACAAUUUUGUUUCUGAAAAGUUUUCUAGUGCUGAAUGCCAGCAAGACGAGCACGCCAUUGCGACAAUGACUUAAUAAUUUGCUCGCUCAGUUGUCCAUUUUGGUGUUCUGUAA